AUGUUUCUCCGUGUCCCCUGUCUCCCCCUCACCUCCGUCACCUCCCUCACCUCCGUCACUCCCCUCACCCCCGUCUCCCCCUCACCUCCGUCACUCCCCUCACCGCCGUCACUCCCCUCACCCCCGUCACUCCCCUCACCUCCGUCACUCCCCUCACCUCCGUCACCUCCCUCACCUCCGUCACUCCCCUCACCCCCCGUCACUCCCCUCACCUCCGUCACUCCCCUCACCCCCGUCUCCCCCCUCACCUCCGUCACUCCCCUCACCUCCGUCACCUCCCUCACCCCCGUCUCCCCCUCAACUCCGUCACUCCCCUCACCUCCGUCACUCCCCUCACCCCCGUCUCCCCCUCACCUCCGUCACUCCCCUCACCUCCGUCACCUCCCUCACCCCUGUCUCCCCCUUACCUCCGUCACUCCCCUCACCCCCGUCACUCCCCUCACCUCCGUCUCCCCCUCACCUCCGUCACUCCCCUCACCUCCGUCACCUCCCUCACCCCCGUCUCCCCCUCACCUCCGUCACUCCCCUCACCUCCGUCACUCCCCUCACCCCCGUCUCCCCCUCACCUCCGUCACUCCCCUCACCUCCGUCACCUCCCUCACCCCUGUCUCCCCCUCACCUCCGUCACUCCCCUCACCCCCGUCACUCCCCUCACCUCCGUCACUCCCCUCACCUCCGUCACCUCCCUCACCCCCGUCACUCCCCUCCCCUCCGUCACCUCCCUCACCCCGUCCCUCCCUCACCCCCGUCACUCCCCUCACCCCCGUCACUCCCCUCACCUCAGUCACUCCCCUCACCUCAGUCUCCCCCCCUCACCCCCAUCGGCACUGA